UUUCGUUAGUUAGUCCGUGAGAAUGUCUGGUCGUGGGAAGGGUGGUAAAGGUUUGGGGAAAGGUGGUGCCAAGCGCCACAGAAAGGUGCUGAGGGAUAACAUCCAGGGCAUCACAAAGCCGGCUAUCCGUCGCCUGGCGCGCCGCGGCGGCGUUAAGCGCAUUUCUGGUCUCAUUUACGAGGAGACGCGCGGCGUCCUCAAGGUGUUUUUGGAGAACGUGAUUCGGGACGCCGUGACUUACACGGAGCACGCCAAGCGCAAGACGGUGACGGCCAUGGACGUAGUCUACGCCCUAAAGCGCCAGGGCCGUACGCUCUACGGCUUCGGCGGCUGAGCCGGCCAGCUGCCCGGUCCACGGAGCAGUCGCUUAAAAAGGCCCUUUUCAGGGCCACUCUCUGGUCACGAAGGAGCUGUAAUGCUUCCAGGGGAGGAGGCGCCCCCAAUAUGGAAGUUUCCAUGUAUUCGUUUGCUGUUCGUGUUGCAAAACCAACCGUGAUUUGUUUUAAUGCUUGGUAGAUUUUGUUUAUCCACUGACUGUUAGUUGAUUUCGGCCUGGUGAGCUGGCUUCGGCUUACAAAAAGUGUUUUUUUACAGUAAAAUGUUUUAAUAUCUUUUUGUUCUUAUUUUUCAUCUAAACAUUUUAUCCGACUCGAGUUUUUUCGUAAACGAUCCGCAGUUCUCGCCUGCCUUCAGCCGGCCGCUCGGUUCUUUUUGUGUGUUGAGCUAUUGACCAGAUUGAGGUGUCGCUGCUGCAGAUAAUCAUACCGAAACGGGCUUGCAUUGGUGAACCAGAUUUUGGAUUAACCAAUUAAAUUCUGGUUUCUAUAACCACAGUAAACCACGAAAGCGGGAAAUGAGGUUUCAGAUUUUAUUUCAACAACCAAAAUGGCAGCCGUUUAACUGCGGACGCGGAAGCCGGGAGAAAGCCGUGUUGGCCGCAGCAGCGCGGAGCCGGUGGUGCGGUCCCUGAUGGCGGGCGGUGGGAUCCCGGGUUCGGCAGCCCGGCUUCUCGCAACGACGAGGAACCCAAAAAGCUGCUGCGCGUCGUGACCCAGGAGGCGGAGAGCCGCCACCGCUGUCCAGGGCAAGUAAAGCCCAUGAGUUUAUCUAAACCGAGUCUGAGGAGCAAAAAUCAAACCCAAAGGCUCUGUUUAGAGCUAGCUUACCAUUUCAAAUAAGUUUUACACAAAAAAGUCUCUUGCCCUUAGGAGUAUGUUGAAAGGGGGAAACUAUACAUAUAU